AUGUCUCUCCCUCUCACAGGCCGCGUCUCGAUUGUUACUGGCUCCUCGCGCGGUAUCGGCGCUGCGAUCGUGAAGCGCCUUGCAUCCCAGGGCGCGAACGUUGUUAUCAACUAUGUCGCGAGCGCCGCCGUCGCGCAGAGCAUCGCGGACGAGAUCAACGCAAAGGGCGCGGCACUCGGACAGUUCGGGCGCAUCGACAGCCUGGUCUUGAACGCGGGAUACCUCGAGUACGCACUUUUGAAGGACGUCACCGAGCAGGAGUACGCCAAGCAUUUCGACACGAACGUGAAGGGUCCUCUGUUCCUCACCCAGGCAGCCGCGCCGCAUUUGAAGCCUGGCUCCAAGGUUGUCCUUUUCUCCACGUCCCUCACACACGCAUCCACCAUUCCUCCAAACUACCUCCUGUACGCCGCUACCAAAGGCGCCGUCGAGCAAAUCAACCGCGUGCUUGCGAAGGACCUCGGGGCGCGCGGCAUCAACGUCAACACAGUAGCCCCUGGACCGAUCGAUACCGACCUCUUCCGCCAUGGGAAGACGGAGCAGCAGAUCGCGUUCUUCGAGAGCAUCCAUCCGCAAAAGCGGCUCGGCCAGGCGGAGGAGGUCAGCAACCUCGUGCAAUUCCUCGUCAGCGACGAGGCGAGUUGGAUAAACGGCCAGACGAUCAGGGUGAACGGAGGCUUUGCGGUCUAA